UGGAAAUUUAUCAGAAAUGGAUGAUUCUGAGACUCUUGUUAAAUUUGAAUACGAAUAUUACAAUGAGAAGAAUCCUGUUAUUAGGCUCUACACGAGGAAGAAUGAAGGAGCCAGCUGGAUUAGGAGCAAGACAUCCAUGGAUCCAGAUCCUAAAAAUAAAUACAACCACUUCUUAUAUCAUAAGGUUAAUUCAAGGAGGUUUCAGUAUACCUUCAGAGUCAAAACCUCCAAAGGAAAUUUCGAUGAUCCUGUCUUGAUUAGGACAGCUGAUCUCGAUGAAAUCCCUGACAAAGACUAUCAUCAAGGUUUCCCUACAGUUAAGAAUUCAUGGGGUAUUUUUUGUGUCAAAUUUGAAGUACGGUGUGAAAUCGGAUCUCAAAAUGACCUCCAAGUCUCAACUAAAAUCAGGGAGAGAGGGGCUACAGGAGGUUCUCAGUACACAAAAUUCAAGACUAUGAGAAAGAUGAACGCUGAUGAAUACCCUCGAAAUCCUCCUCAAGAUCUUACAAUGUUCUAUAGUGGGGUUAUCUACACUGACAAACUUUAUCUAUCAGUCAAAGAAGUCUUGAAAAAGAUGCAUUUCAAGCUAAGGCUGCAUAAUCCUGGCUUGGACCCUGAAGAUCAGGAUAUCUAUAUACAUAAUCCUUUGAAGAAAACCUCUAGAGAAUAUGGGACUAUUUUCGAUGAUGAGAUAUACACUAGUUUGUUUUCAGAAUUAACUGCAAGAGGAUCUAUCGACAAGAAACUUGUUUAUACUCCUUACAAAAAUGACGAUGAAUUUCUUAGACAAAGAGAUGAGGAGAAAGACCGGAGAUCCUCUAGAGAAUUUGAAGAUCAUCCUGACCAAUAUGAGAGAGACAGAAGUUUUGGGCCUGAAGAAGAGUCCAAAUAUGGAGCUCACAAUGAAGAGUUUUAUGAGAAACAAGAGGAAUAUUACCCUCAAGAUAUGGACUUAGGUGAUGAAGAAGAUUAUAUGGAUGCCAGAUAUAAUUACGAAGAUAAAUAUGAUAGAGACAAUUCACACCCUGGCCAUGCUCAAUAUUUUCGAGAAGAAAGUAAAAGUGAGGAAGACAGGGAUCAAGAUGCUGAAGAGCUAUCAGCUGAAGAUAACCAGGAAGUAGAAGGCCAAAACCCAAUUCUUAACUUGAUUUCUCUCUCUGCAAAUGUAUUCUGUGCUUCAUUUCCCCAAACAGAGACAGAGUUUGCGUCUUUUCUAUAUCAUCAUGUGAAAGGAGUUCUUUGAAUCUCAAAGCAUCUGAUAGGUCUAAUUAUUCUGAGGAAGGCUAUCUGCCUAAUGAAAAUGUUCAGCAACUAAUCUUAAUGAAUAAUGGUAAUAAGAUUUUGUCUAAGAUAAGCAACUAUGAGAUUCCAGAUUCCAAUGAUUCUAAGUACAAUUUCCGGCUUACGAUGGCAGCCAAUGAGAUAUCUCACUUAAUUUAUAAGGACAAGCUGAGAGUGUGUGUCCUGUAUAGUCCCUCUGAUCAGGAAGUAGCUGAAGGGCUGAUUGAUUUCAUCUUUAAUAAUCCUAUCGAGGACUAAACCCGUGCUAAUUUUUAUG